CUCGUGUCAUGUGAUAGGUCGCUGUCAUAUGACCUGCUGACUUCAAUUAUCUGCAGCUGCAUUCACACAUUUAACCGAACCUGCUGCUGAACCAGGCAAAAACUACUGAAAAGAUGCAGGCAGCGUUGCUGUGUUGCUUCCUGUUCUCUUUGCUGGGCAGUGAAGCGGCUCCAGCUGCAGAUGAGGUGACCUACCUGCCCGGUCUGCAGAAACAGCCUAGCUUCAGACAAUACUCUGGAUACCUUAGUGUGGCCAAUGGAAAACACCUGCACUACUGGUUUGUGGAGUCUCAGAAGGACCCGUCGGCUGACCCAAUGGUGCUGUGGUUGAACGGUGGCCCAGGAUGCAGCUCUCUGGACGGACUCCUGACUGAACAUGGACCCUUCCUGAUCCAGGAUGAUGGAGUGACGCUUCAGUACAACCCGUACUCCUGGAACAAGAUUGCCAACGUGUUGUACCUGGAGUCUCCAGCAGGUGUCGGCUUCUCUUACUCUGACGAUCAAAAUUAUGUCACCAAUGACACCGAGGUGUCCAUGAACAACUACCUGGCACUGAAGGAGUUCUUCCGCCUGUUUCCAGAGUUCAGCAAGAAUGAACUUUUCCUGACCGGAGAGAGUUACGGAGGAAUAUACAUCCCAACGCUCGCAGAGAGAGUGAUGGAGGACGCCAGCCUCAACCUGCAGGGCAUUGCUGUGGGAAACGGGAUGUCAAGUUACGAGAUGAACGAUAACUCUCUGGUGUACUUUGCGUACUACCACGGCCUGCUGGGGAGCCGGCUGUGGAGCGAACUGCAGAAGUUCUGCUGCAAAGACGGACAGUGCAACUUUUACAACAACCACAACCAGAACUGCUCACUCAGCCUGUCUGAGGUUCAGGACAUUGUCUACAGCUCAGGACUGAACAUGUACAACCUGUAUGCUCCCUGCCCAGGUGGAGUCCGCCAGAGAGUCAGUGUUGAAGAAGGUCAGCUGGUGAUCAGGGACCUGGGAAACUCAUUCAUCAGUCAUCCGUGGAAUCAGCUCUGGAACCAGAAGUUACAAGGUCUGGCGGCUCUCCACCUGUCCGUCCGUCUGGAUCCCCCCUGCACCAACUCCACCCCCUCCUCCCUCUACCUGAACAACCCAUACGUCAAGGGUGCCCUGCACAUCAGCCCCAAGGCUCUGGACUGGGUCAUCUGCAGCUCUGAGGUGAACCUGAACUAUGGUCGAAUCUACAUGGAAGUCAGGAAACAGUACCUGAAGCUGCUCUCUGCUCUGAAGUACCGGGUGUUGGUGUAUAACGGUGACGUGGACAUGGCCUGUAACUUCAUGGGGGACGAGUGGUUUGUUGAGUCUCUGCAUCAGCAGGUUGAGGUUCAGAGACGCCCAUGGCUCUAUGACGAUGAAGAGGGUCGGCAGGUCGGAGGCUUCGUCAAAGAGUUCGACAACAUCGCCUUCCUCACUAUCAAGGGAUCUGGCCACAUGGUGCCAUCAGACAAACCAAUUGCUGCCUUCGCCAUGUUCUCCAGAUUCAUCAAGAGACAGCCCUACUAAACCCUGACCUCUGACCUCUGCUGGUCCCCCUUCAGGCUGCCACAUUUUAAUUUGACUUGAUUUUUUUCCCACUGCCAGUCAAUCAGCUCAGCUCUGCUCCGCUGCAGAAAUUUAAGCCUCAACCUCCACCAAUCACAUCACUCCUCCAGGUCUACUUGCAGAAACGUGCACUGCCCUCAGUCUGUAUUAUAUUUAAUGUGAAACUUUCUUUGGUGUUUUUGUUGAUUCAAAGGGAAAAUAAAGUAUGACUUCUUUACUUCA